AGCCGGUCAGCCCAGCGGCCAUCAGCGCUGAUGUUGUAAUCCCAACAGCUGUCAGCUCCGAGACCGUCAGCCCAGCAACUGUCAGCCCGGAGACCGCCAGCCCGGAGGAUGUCAAGCCUGAGGCUGUCAGCCCACCGGCUGCCAGUUGUGAGGCGGGCAGCGCAGCAACCAUUACCACAGUUGCCAGCCCCUCAGGGGAACCUUCCCCAACUGAUGUGCUCACCCCGGUGAGCGCUGAUGGCGGCGACGCGGCGUCACUUCGCCUGACGUCUAUCACAGCGCCAGUGGAUAGCGUCGCUGUUGCCCCAGCUCAAGCUGCGGGCCCGGUCGAUGCUGGUAGUGAAAAGCCGACGACCGAUGUGUCGAUGCUGGCGGGCCCUCACACCUGUGAGGUCAGAGAGGAGACCGUCGGUGUCGGUGCUGCAUCUGUCAGUCCUGAUGCCAAAGCCGAGGGCAGGACUGCCGAGCGGUCCGACCCGGAGGCCAGUCAGCCCACUUCAGCGGAAGAAAGUCUCGCCACGGGCGCGCCGACGCUGGAAGUCUCCCAACUGGGCGCCUCAGGCGAAGCCCCAGAGGCGGGCGAGCCACCACCAGUCUGCUUGGAGUCCGGCAGCACUGGCGAGGCCUCGCAGACUGUCAGCCGGACAGCCGUCAUCGAGGCGACGGACGGAGCUGACGGGCACCUUGGAGUGGACGACUCGGGCACUGUGACUGUCGGCCGGACAGCCGUCAUCGAGGCGACGGAAGGGGCUGACGGGCACCUUGGAGUGGACGACUCGGGCACUGUGGCUGUCGGCCGGACAGCCGUCAUCGAGGCAACGGACGGGGCUGACGGCCACCUUGGGGUGGUCGACUCGGGCACUGUGGUCCGGACAGGCAGUACCUCAGGGGACCGUCUCGUGGCAGACGCUGCUGGGGAAGCGCGAGAGAAGAAUUAUCCCACACUAGGCGACCUUAGUGCUGAUGAAGCUCGAGAAAAUACGCGGUCGGAAACGGUGCAAUUGACCGCCGAGGCGGCUGUGAAGGAUGGGCAGGCAUCGGCUAAAACGUAUGCGUCAGUCCUCAGCUCUGGCCUGGGCCCGGUGAGCUCGACUGCGUCAGUCCCCAGCUCUGGUGUGGACUUGGCGAGCUCGACACCCGCCGUUUCGCAGGCUGCUAAGGUUGAGGAAAACCCUUUGUCUGGCAUUUUAUCAUCAUCGAACAGCGGACCUGACAGUGAGGAAGGUGAGCCUGUGAUGAAGCCCGAUGCGACAUCAGUCGGCAGCGGCAUCCGUAGCGCUGCGACCAAGGUGACGGACAUCUCGACGGUGGCCGAGAAAGCUGCCGGCCUGGACGAGGAGAGACACACGGAGGCCGUCGCUGUACCGGUCGCCGGUGGGACAGAAGUCGCCGAGCGGGAGGGGGUGGAUACUGAUCCCAUUCCAGUCAGGUCCGGUGUUCACGGCUCUGACUCCGGGGAGGCUGCUGCGUGUCAGCGUUCGAUAACAGAAAUUCCGGAAGCUGCCUCAUCCGAUCAGCAACUCGAGGUUGGAUGUCCAUCAUCGACAGACGUUUCUGCUGGUACAUGCAAACCAAACCCGACGGCUGAAGGCUCCCAGGCAGGUGAUCCUGACCUUAACGAAGCCGCCCGGCAGCUCAGGGCUGGCGGCGUAAUGCCCGCGGCUUUGGACAGCAGCGCACCCCAGGAAAAGAUGUCAGGCAGUGACUCAACGGACCCCGGAGAGGCCGCCAAAACCGAGGAAAAGGAUGGAGACGGCGACCCGCCAGCCGCCAGUCCCAGUACCGCUGCCAACGAGGAAAAGCCGGCGAUGGACGAGUGCAGAGGCACGCCACCUGGCGCUGACCCCGGUGAGAACACACCCACAACCGGCCACGUGACGUCGGACAAGCCGGAAGGGGACUCGGCUGACCCAGAAACCGUCACGGUCGACCAAAGGCCGGCCAGCUCAGCGGUGCCGCCAGCCGGGCCGUCCGUGGACCCGAUCGACGCCGUGUCCGUCGGCCCUAUGUCUGCGGCUGUAGGCUCGCCGGAUCCAGUCGACCCGGCGCGCGAUAGUCAGGUGACAGUUUGUCGAAACAGCGUGGAUAACGCGGCGUCAGUCUGUCCAGAGGCCACUGAUACCCCGGCGUCAGACUGUCCAGAGGCCACUGAUACCCCGGUGUCAGUCUGUCCAGAGGCCGUGGGCGCGGCCGGCAGCACGGUGGUGCACACGGCCGCUGGCAGCGGCGGCGACGACAGGCCUCCCGUCACCGUCACUAACGUGACGGGUGUCGAGCGCGCCGCGCGCGGCAACGUGGCUACCGUGGAGGUGACCGACUCGCCGGCGGGCGCGCAGCCCGAGGGCGCGCCGGCCGCGCGGCGCGUCCCCCCUGAGGAGGUGGAGGUGGUGACGGACGAGAAGACCAACUCGGUGCUGGUGACGGGAGAGGUGCGGCCGGCGCCGGACGAGCUGCGCAGUCUCAUAGCGCGCUCGCGCCAGGCGCGCGACGAGUUCGUGCAGAUGACGGUGGGCCGUGGCAUCUCGCCAGAGCCGGCGUCGCGCCUCGCCGACUACUUCGCCGGCCUGGACGCACCGGCGCCGACGCCCGGGCGGCGCGGACCGCGAACCCCUGAGGUGCGGCGCCGCCAGCGCUCGCCGGACGGCGCUGAGCGGCGCGUCAGCACCGACGGCGAGAUGCCAGAUGACUUCGACGACGGCUUCGACUUCGGCGGCGGCGACGACGACGAGUACGGCUACGACCACUUCGACUCGGACGAGCGCUACUCGAUGGAGGAGCAGGAGUCGUUCAGCGACGCGUCGCAGGAGGAGGCGUACACGGAGGAGGAGAUGCGGGGACUGAGCCGGCCACUGGACUUCACACUAACCACCAUCAUCGAGGAGAGCUGCGAGGAGAGCGACGUCGAUGAGCGCGCCGCCAAGGAACGCACACCCACCGCUGACCCGUCAUCGGAGCUCGAGAAGUACUUCUUCUUCGGCCUGGGCAACGGGCCGUACGAGCCGCGCAAGGUCGGCAACGAGGAGAGCGAGUGCAACGACUCGUUCAGCAGCGACGCGUCAGCCUCGGUGUACAGCGAGCUGUUGGACACGGAGGACGCCGACGGUGACCCGGUGGAGCAGGCCGCGGCGCGCUACUUCAACAAGGGCUUCCUGGGCCUGGGUCUGGUGCGGCAGCCGUCGAUUCGCUCUGCUGGCGAAGACUCUGAGGUCCAGACGGACGGCAGCGGUAGCGUUGGCAGCGACUCCGAGGGUCAGCCAUCUCCCGAGCAGCGGCGCAAAAAGGUCACGCGCUCCCGCUACCGGGCGCAGUCGGGUGACGUCAGCGGCAGCGGCGGCGACGUGUCGGCGCGCGAGGUGUCCGACAAGAGCGACGGUACGUCCAGUGACGAGGACAACCCGCCCGAUCCGACCGCCGACGAGACGGCCUUCGAGAAGACGGACGGCCAGUUCGACACGAUUAAACGGCGCAAGAAGAAGAAGCUGCUGGCGUCCGGCGGCGACCACUCGGACCGCGAGACGGCCCUGGAGAAGGUGGCUCGCGCGAUGGAGGAGCCGGCGGCGCUGGCCGUGGCGCGAGCGCCGGAGCCGCUGGCCGCGCCGGACGCUGGCCGCGAUGCCAGUCUCCACCAGCUGGACAAGACGGGCGAGGCGCGCCAGAGCCGCGACAGCGGCUUCCUAGGCAGCUCGGACGACCUGCUGAAGGAGGCGGUAAUCAAGGAGACGGAGGAGCGGCCAGAGGAGGCGGCCAAUCGCGUGACGCCCGACUCAUCGGACAGUGAGGGCACGGCGCGCAAGACCAGCUCGGUCUCCGGCUCGCAGCGGUCCGCCUCCGGUGAGGAAGGCGCCGCCGGCGGCAGGAGGUCGACUACACCGUCAGCCAAGGCCAGAGACGCCGCCGGCCAGGCGGCCAGUUCGCCGGGCGCCAAAACGCGCAACAAGGUAAUCCGCAAGGACUCGUUCAACAACUGGAGUUCGGACGAGGAGACCAACAUCCUGAUGGGCCGUCUGCGACAGUUCUUCCGCACGACCAUCUUCAGCGCGCCGCGCACGGACGUGCACGGUCCGCAGGCGAAGCCGGCCCAGCUGCUUUCGUUCGAGAGCGAGCUCACGCGCAUGAUGAAGAGCGUGCCUGGCAUCAACGAGGCGCAGGUGCGCGAGAUUGUUGAAUACCUGAGCAGCGAGGACACGUGGAGCGACUCGUACGACAGCUCCGACUACACGAGCAGUGACCUGGAGGGCGCGUACGCCGCCUUCAACCCGGCGCAGCCCGACUUCAUGACGCAGAUCCAGAAGCAGAUCUCGCAGAGCUGCCAGCAGAUCAUCCAGAAGUACGACGGCUCGGACGCGCCGCCGCCGCCGCCCGUCCAGCCGCCCGCGCCGGCGGCCGCCGCGCCGGCCGAGCCCAACGACGCUGUGGCCGUGUACGAACGGUUGAUGGGCAGCUUGCGCGGCCUGUCGCAGCCGACGCAGCCGCCGCCGCCCUGUGCCCGCCUCGCCUCCCAUGCUCACUAA